CGCAGGAACCGCCGAGGCUCUUCGAUGGCUGGGUUUGGGUUCGGUUCUGGAUCUCUCUCUUUGAAGAACUUUGGGUCGGAUAGAGCGGAGAAGGGCAGCCUCGUUCCGUCGAGCUCGCGCGACCCAUGCGCCGGUCUCAAACCGGUUCAGCUUCUAAUUAAAUCUCUGAACGAUUUAAGCGCGGGGCAGAGGCGGUCUGCGGUGCCUUUCGAGACGAUGACGGUUCUGCACGAGUCUUAUGGAAAAGAAAGAUCUAAACUUUUGCAGAAGAAGCGCGAGGACGGGACAGAUGAGGCGUGGCGCGCUGAUGACGCAGCCUGCCGCUCAGAGGAGAAACCUGGUCCAGGACGGAACCGUUCUUCAUCAGAUGAGCUCCAGAUGGCAGGACCUGUUCCAUAUGCAGAGCUGUGCUUCAAAGGCAAGACCUCCUGCAGGUCCACCUCCUCUGUUGCUGAGAGGAGAGACCCAGACAGGGGCACAGGCACCAGCUUCAGCCUGGGAGAUCUCAGACACUCCCCAUCCACUGAGAUGAGAAUUAAGACGCUCGCCACUGAAAUCCAAAAGAAGAUGUGCGUCACAGUGUCAGAAAGGGACCAAAAGAUAGCCGCCCUGAUGCUGGUGAAGCAUGAGGAGCAACAGGAGCGUCUGAGACUCUCUCAGCAAGAGGAGCAAAAGCGUGAGGAGGCCCGGAAACAGGCAGAGUUCCUGCAGGAGCAGGCAGAAAGACAGCGGAGAAAGAAGCUGAAGCACAGACUCAAGUGUUGGCACCAUGAGCUGGAGGCCCGCAGGAGGCGGAGGGAGCGACAGGAGCAGAAGGAGGCAGGACAGCUGGAGCAGGAGGUGCUGCUGCAAGAGGACCGCUGGAGGAGGCUGAAAGAGGAGGUGGAUGCAAAACGCAGAGAGAAGAUAGAGGCUGCACAGAAGGAGGCAGAGGUGCGCAAGCGUCACCAGGAGAGGCAACUGAGAAAGGAGGAGGAGAAGGAGGAGAAGGAACGAGAGAAGGAAAGACAGGUUGCCGUAAAGAAAGAAGGGAGAGCCCGGAAAAGCAAAGUGCAGCAGGAACAGAGGGAACGGAGGAGGUUGCAGGAGGAGAAUCGCAGGGAGCAGCUCCGACACAUCCUGCUGAAAAAACAAGUGGAGCAGAAGAUGGAGGAAGAGGAGGCUCAGGUGAGGAGCGCACUUGAGAGAAAGUUCCAACACUUCUCAGAGAAACGGGCUCAAGUUGCGGAGGCUCAGAGGAGGGAGCUGCAGGAGCGCAGCGUCCGGGAAGAGGAGCAGAUCCAAAGAGUGCAGCUGAGGGCGGAGCUGCAGAGCCUCCAGCGGCUCACGCACCGGCAGAUGCUGGUGCAGCUGAGCCAGAGGCGCGUGGAGAACGCCGCUCUGCACGCCUCCUCUCUGCAGAGGAGCAGAGCUCAGCAGGUCCGCCAGCACAACGACCACAGACAGGCCCGCCACCGGAGGAUCCGGGACCAGAUCCAGGAGGAGGAGCAGGCCGUCACCAAGGCCAGAGAGAACCUCGUCUCCGAGAAGGAGCGGAAGCGGGAGAGGCUGCAGAGGCAGAGAGAGCAGAUCCAGGAGGAGGCGCAGAGGCUGGCCCGCGCCUCCUUUCACAUGAGGGAGCGCGUGCGGCAGCAGAGGGACACUCGAACCUUUGAUCGGAUGGUUCUGGAGGCCCAGCUUGCUGCCUCCAUAAGCCGCAUAAAACUAUAG